AAACGGUUUGGACUUUGGGGAGGGGUUUUUUGAAACUCCGAGAAAAAUCAAAAUUGAACAGCUAAAAAAGUCAGGCUUGCUUCCUCUCUCCUUUCGAAUUUGAGGAUUUCGAGGUGCAGAGUUCGCGUUUUCUGGAUUCAAAAAUCUCUCGAAGCGAAGUGAAUCGAUCGCGGUUUUGAGGUUCUGAUCUCGAAUCCUCGGAUUUGCUUCGAGCGGGGGGAAAGAGGCGCGAUUCGGAAUCUUCCACGGAGUAUUGCGGAAUUCGCUGACGGGGGAGGAGCGAGCGUUCAGGGUUUGGCAAUUCUUCCCCGAAGAUGACGGAGGUGAUACUGCACAUAUACGAUGUGACGAAUAGUGGAUCGGAGAAGACGAACAACACUAUCAUGCAGAUCAAUAAGAUCUUCAAGGAUACUAUGGGGAUCGGUGGCAUAUUUCAUAGUGCUGUUCAGGUUUAUGGAGAUGAUGAAUGGUCUUUUGGAUUUUGUGAACAAGGAACUGGAGUUUUUAGUUGUCCUUCUGGAAAAAAUCCAAUGUAUACGUAUCGUGAGCACAUUAUUCUCGGAAGCACCGACUUUUCAAUCUUCAAGGUAAACCAGAUUUUGAGAGAACUUAGUAGAGAGUGGCCUGGGCAUACAUAUGACUUGUUAUCGAGAAACUGCAACCACUUCUGCGAUGAGUUCUGUGAGAGGCUUGGUGUGCCAAAGCUUCCAGGCUGGGUUAAUCGGUUUGCCCAUGCUGGUGAUACUGCCGUGGAUGUAGCAGAAACUACAGCAUUGCGAUUUAGACAAGCCAAGACAGAGAUUGUCUCUGCUAGCAAAGUGGCAUACCGUUUCCUGUUGAGUGCUGCAUCUAGUUCUCCAGCUGCCCUUGAUACCUCAAGCAAUUCAGGCAGAGGAACACCCCGAUUUCAGGGUACGUGGUUUAAGAAUCUCAUUACCUCUGGUGCCAAACCAUCUAGUAGUGGCUCAGCUGCAGAUAAACAAGAGGGCAAGGAUGUGUUGAGGACACGUAGUGAAGAAGAUGAGGAAGUACCACUGAGGCAAAACAAUAGGACUGAUAGCUAGACCUCUAGACUUUGCAAGAAUGCUCGGUGUGUGUAUCAGUAGUAGAUGAGAUUGUUGAAUAGCAAUUGACUGACUGGUCAUUCGUUGUGUAUUAAAUGUUUGAUUUCUUUUCGAUUCAAAAAUUUGUUUAAAAAUUCUCCCCAGUGGUUAAUAGGGGAUUCAGCAUUAUGGUCAA